UUCGGAGCAACGGUCGUCGAGGGCCAAGUCCGAAACAUGGCCGACUACAGUCGUCCUCGGGCCAGCGUGGCCCUCAUCCGCAUACGAAACCCACCCGUCAACAGCCUGAGUGAGGCAGUAAUCCUCGGGUUAAGAGAAGGAGUGAAGAAAGCAGAAAGAGACAGCGGUGUGAAAGCUAUUGUAAUUUGUGGAGCAGAUGGCAUGUUCUCGGCAGGUGCUGAUAUUCAUGGUUUCCAAACGGGAAAGUUCUCAACCGUAUUGGGCAUGCUGGUUGAUAAGUUACAAGACAUGGAAAAACCAGUGGUGGCUGCCAUUGAAGGCAUGGCAUUAGGAGGGGGCCUAGAGGUAUCCUUGGGCUGUCACUAUAGAAUUGCCCACGCAAAGGCUCUUGUUGGUUUCCCAGAGGUCAUUAUUGGCCUUCUCCCCGGUGCAAGAGGAACCCAGCUUCUCCCCAGACUCAUUGGGGUGCCAGCUGCCCUGGACAUGAUUACCUCGGGAAGACACGUUAUGGCUCCCGAAGCACUCAAGCUGGGUCUCCUAGAUCAGAUUGUGAAAUCAGACCCAGUCGAGGCAGCAAUCACGUUUGCAGAGCAAAUUUCAGGUCAAUCCACGGAAUCUCGCCGGAUCUUUAAUAAACAAGUUCCAGAGCUGCCCAACAUGGACUCCAUCUUCAGCGAAGCCUACCUGAAGAUGAAGAAGAAGUUCCCCGGGUGUAUUUCCAGAGAAGCCUGCGUCCGAGCGGUCCAGGCCUCCGUGCGGUAUCCCUAUCCCCUGGGGAUUGAGAAAGAGAAAGAUCUUUUUCUAUUUCUUUACGCGUCGGGGCAAGCGAAAGCGCUUCAAUAUGUCUUCUUUGCUCAGAGACUCACCAGCAAGUGGUCAACCCCCUCUGGAGCAUCCUGGAAGAAUUCUUCAGCUCAACCCAUCCGGUCUGCAGCUGUUAUAGGUUUGGGAACAAUGGGCCGAGGCAUCGUAGUUUCUCUGGCAAGGGCCAAUAUCCCAGUGAUCGCUGUGGAGCAGGACCAGAAACAACUGGAACUGGCUAGGAGAGCGAUAUCCUUCCUCUUGGAGCUGGAGGCUUCCAAAAUGCAGGAAAGCGGCCAGAGCUGGGCCGCCCCGAAGCCCAGGUUCACUAUGUCCCUGGAGGAGCUGGGGGAGGUGGAUUUAGUUAUCGAGGCCGUGUUUGAGGAAAUCGGCUUAAAGAAACAGGUUUUCAGCCAACUGUCAGCAAUCUGCAAGCCAGAGGCCUUCCUCUGCACCAACACGUCGGCCCUAAACAUCGACGAGAUCGCUUCCUCCACCCGGCAUCCUCACCGGGUCAUCGGCACUCACUUCUUCUCCCCGGCCCACGUCAUGACCUUGCUGGAGGUCAUCCCCGGCCGCCACUCGUCUCCCACCGCUAUCGCCACCGUCAUGAGCCUAGCCAAAACCAUGAAGAAAGUCGGGGUCGUGGUAGGGAACUGCUUUGGAUUCGUCGGGAACCGGAUGCUGUUUCCGUAUAUCCAGCAGACCUGUUUCUUGCUGGAAGAGGGCAGUCAGCCGGAGGAGGUAGACCGGGUCCUGGAGGAGUUCGGCUUCAGGAUGGGCCCCUUCAGAGUGUCCGACCUGGCCGGGCUCGAUGUAGGUUGGAAAUCCCGGCAGGGCCAGGGCCUGACUGGGCCCACCCUGGCUCCGGGGACCCCGGCUCGGCAACGGGACGGGAAAAGGUACUGCCCGAUCGCCGAUGCGCUGUGCGAACAGGGGAGGUUCGGUCAGAAGACCGGCAAAGGCUGGUACCAGUACGACAGACCCAUGGGCAGGAUUCCCAAGCCAGAUCCGUGGCUUUCGAAAUUCUUGUCCGACUACCGGAAAGCGCACCGCAUCGAAACCCGCCCCGUCAGCCGGGACGAGAUCUUGGAGCGCUGCCUGUAUGCCCUCAUCAACGAAGGCUUCCGCAUCUUAGGAGAAGGAAUAGCGGCCGGCCCGGAACACAUCGACUGCAUUUACGUCAAUGGCUUCGGGUGGCCAAAGCACACGGGGGGCCCCAUGUUUUAUGCUUCUACGGUUGGCCUGCCCACCAUCCUGGAAAAAUUGCAGAAGUACUACAGAAGCAAUCCCGAUAUCCCCCAGCUAGAGCCUAGCCGCCUUCUGAAAAAGCUGGCCGCCCAGGGAAACCCUCCCCUGCACCAGUGGAAGAGCUUGGUGGGGUGGCAGGCCAGUAAACUGUAACUUCACGUAAUCCCGCUCUUUCAGUUGCAUCUCUAGCUGGUGAAGCUGGCAGGCUGCCUCACAGCGUGAGUUGCAUCUUAGAAAAAAACAAUGGUUUGAAACAGAAAUACAAAGCAAGUUGAAUCAAGAAGCGUGACCGUUCCUUCUGCAAGAUUUUUAUGUGGUGAAUCCAGUAAUUAAAAGCUUUAAAAUGUCCUGAGAAUCCUAUAUGUGUCGAGGGGGAAACUAGUCAGCUAGAAGUUUCUGAAGAUUCUGGAUCGUUUCGUAAAAUACAUUUUCAGAUCUAUGGGAGGGGAGUUUAUUACUACAGGUAAGCCAAGUGCUUCUUGGAAAAGUAGCCCUGAGAGCUCUGGGAAUGGAAGUAAUAGUAGAGAGGCAGCAGAAAACAAAUCCACCUAAGCAGUAAAAAGUAAUAAAUAAAUAAGGCACCUUUAAGCUUAGUUUUAGUAUCGGUGCAGGCAAAUCUCAUGAUAUGGGGCAGACCAUAAACCAGAUCGCUGUUCUUCUAGUCACUGAAGAGUGGCAGGCCUUACCUUGGAGCAGCAGAGGUGAUUUUUCCUUUCAAGCAAAAUGACUUGGAGAAAUAUUCGAAAUGGCCUUUGGAAUCCAGUUGAGCCUUUAAGAGAAACUUCAGAGAUUGAUUGGGAAGUUGGAGCUAUUUUGUCUAUCAUCAACUGUAUGUUUCCGUUGUAAUUUUUUUUCAUGCUCAAGCAUUAAAAAUAAAACUUUUGAGGUGAUGGUG